UGUACAAGUAACCAAAUACAACACGAUAGAGGAGUACGGAUUUAUCAGUGCAACAUCGUCCAACGUCCAGUUGAUAGUCGGUAGUUGUGACAUUGGAUGUUGGCACAUCCGAGAAUAUUAUCAGAGCACCAUGGAGUCCGCAAACCAGCGCGGGGCCCGUCCCCAACAGAAGAAGUACGUUGUAGGCGGCGCCAGGGGCCUCGGAGGGGCCCAGAUUUUGUUCGCCAGUUUGUUGCUGACCUUCGGAAUCAUCGGAAUCGUCGUGCAAACAGACGUGUACUUUGCUGGGACGCCAGUCUGGACUGGACUAAUGUACCUGGUGACAGGCAUUCUGGGAGUCGUAUCAAGCCACAGGAACACCAAAUGCCUGAUCAUCGGAUUUCUUGUGAUGUCCUGUUUGAGUUUGAUUCUGACAUUUUGUGGGAUCGCAUCGGCUUCCAUCGCCAUUGCAGGCGAGCACUGGAACACCUGGUCAGGUCCUGUAGGGUGUUAUUAUGACUGGAACAACAGCGAGAAUGAGUGCACUAACUUGGAUAUCGCCCGUUUCACCAUCGACGCUGCGAACUUGCUGUUUGCGCUGGUUGAGCUGGGUCUGUCCAUCACCACCAUAGCCGUCUGCUCGUACACGCUGUGCAAGGGGUGCUGUGGGGAGGGGGGCAGCUGCUGUGGGGAGGGGGGCAACUGCUGUAGGAAUGGUAACACUGGAAACGCCUACCAGAACAUGUACCAGGUUGGACAGGGAGGACGACUGGUCCCGGUGCAGGGCUUUGCAAACAUCAACUAUGCUCCAGGGCACUCUGCGCAUGCUCCGUCCUACGUCAUCAGUAGCACCAUACCUCCUCAACACGGAGAUGCGCAGCAAGGAAUGGCUGCAGCUGCGAAUUACCAGGAUGUGACUCAGGCGCAUGCGCAACAACAACAUGAGCAACAGACGAACGAGCCUCCACAGCAGCAGGGUGACGCGCAUGCGCAACCUGGUUACGUCAGCCCUCCACCGGGGUACAACCAGGCUUAGGUCAUUCAUCUCCAAGCAGAUGUAGGGUGCACAUGCACCUUAUUUUAGCUCCGAAAUCAUAAAUCCCGUUAUGAAUUCAUCAUCUGAUGAAGAACAAGCCUGCGCUUACACCGGGGCCAUAUUUGUUUACUGUUCAACAUACUUGUGACCGCAUGGCUAGCAUAAACACAUGCAUAUGUUGGUAUAAAAGACAGAAAGAAAGACAAUUACAAGGAAGAACGAUUAAAUGUAAACAAGAAUACAGAUUUAUGUACAAUUUGUUAUAUACUGUAUGUAAUAAUCGUCUGCUAAUCGUCAAGUAUUUGAUAUAUAUAAUAAGUAACGUGAUAAAUGAUGUAUACGUGCAAGCCUAUAAGAGAAUGUGGAAGAAUGGUUUCUAGUACAAUGUGUGUGCAAACAAAUGAUGAAUUUUCUACGUUUCCGUCACAAACAAAUAAAAAUUGCAUUGCAUUUUCUGACAAUA